GGCAACCCAAAUCGACAACAAACCUUUAGAGGUAAAGUUACUAGAAACUUCAGUGGAAACUACCACGAGAGUUAAACACGGGCUAUGUUAAAUUGUUUUUUUUCUUCGAGUAAUAGUGAAUUAGCAAUUAACUAUUUCGAAACCAGAGUUUUGAAGCAUCUCAGAGGUUAGAUGUGAGCAAAAAAAGUCAAACCCUGCGUAAGUUCAUUGAUCUUUUACUGCCUCAUGAGUGAGGUCUGUGUCCGGGUGGCGGUCCGUAUCCGUCCCCUGCUCCGGAAAGAGCUCCUCCAUCAGCACCAAGUGUGCGUCCAGGUGGUUCCCUCGGGUUCCGGGCAGGUGAGGCUCGGCUCGGACCGUCUCUUCUCUUUCGACCACGCGUUCGGACCGACAGCCAGCCAGGAUGAAGUGUACGAGUCUUGCGUCCAGCCCCUGGUGGAGUCUCUACUGGACGGAUACAACGCUACCGUGUUUUGUUACGGACAGACUGGGUCUGGCAAGACGUACACACUGGGCGGGGGGAGCCAAGAUGAAGGAGGAAUUAUUGACUGUGUAGCUCAGGAUGUGUUUUUGUUGCUGGCAAAGCGGAAGAAUGACGAUAGCAUUGAGGCAACGGUGUGGAUUUCAUACAUGGAGCUGUACAGAGAGGAACUACGGGACCUGUUGGACAUGAACACCAAUCAUAAAGAGCUUUUCAUCAGAGAUGAUGAAAAGGGGAACACAGUUGUGAUUGGUGCCAGAGAGAUGGUUGUCACGUCAGCUGAAGAGCUGCUUGGUGCUGUGGAGAUGGGAAACGCCCUGCGUCACACUGGUGCAACAGGAAUGAAUGAGCACUCCAGUCGCUCUCAUGUGAUCCUCACUCUUCAGGUCCGCAUCCGUUCUCACAGCAACAACAACCCAUCCUUAAAGACCGUCCGCUCGUCCAAACUCUGCCUGGUGGACCUGGCGGGCUCAGAACGAGCUACCAAAACUGGAAACACUGGAGCUCAAUUCAAAGAGUCUGUACUCAUCAACACUGGCCUGCUCGCCCUUGGUAAUGUUAUUCGCGCCCUCUCCGACCGUGGGCGAAGUCGUCGCGGCAACGGCUGCAGCAGUCCACAUGUGCCGUACCGUGAUGCCAAGAUCACGCGACUCCUCCGGGACUCCCUGGGAGGCAACGCCCACACGGUGAUGGUGGCCUGUGUGAGCCCGUCCCACCACUUCAUUGCGGAGACUUUGAAUGUUCUUCAGUUUGCAUCCAAGGCCCGUCACAUCUGCAACUGUCCGGGACGAGCACUCUCUCUGACAGAUGUUAAAUCAGAUCCUAAAACCUGCCAACCUGCCGAGACUCGAUUGGAGGAGCUGGAGUAUGAAGUUCAGACCCUGAGAGAGCUUCUGAAAGAGAAGGAGAAGGACAUGAAGGAGAUGGAAAGGGAGAAAACAAGGGGUGGAGGUGCAGAUGGGGAUGGUUUCAAACAGCCCAGUCAGAUCACAGCGCCCACACUGGAGAAGAGGCUGAACCAAGACACAGCUGCACAGUAUCUGUUCCUGGCAAAGGAAGCGGCAUCUUUGCUUGUAGAUAUGUCCAAAGCACUUCCAAGUGUUUUGUUCAGGCAGAGACUGCAAGAAUGGCAGGAGAGACUGGCAGCUGUCAGCCAGUCACAUCAUACAGGCAGUACAGACUGUUCAGAGGGGGCUGGAGACCACCAGCUCCAUGAAACCGCUUUAAACCUGAGAGAGGAACUCCGCAAGUGUCAGGAAGCCCUCCAAGAAAAAGAGCAACUUCUGGAGGAAAAAGAUGAAGAAUUGAGACGGAUUCAAAGAGAAGUUGAGAAACUGCUUGAAGAGAAAAGAAGCCGAGUUUUAGCUUCAGAGGAAGAGAAGGAACGUUCUCGAAUACAGACUGAACAACUGGUGAGUCAGCAGAUUCUGAUUGAUCGCCUUCGCAGCAGCCUCAUGGCUGUUCGUGGGAUGACUCCAGGGGCAACCGAAGAAGCAAGGUCUUCUGGGAACUCAUGCACAAGACCCCAGAGUGUCCCUCUAAUCACACACACCUUGCUACACAGGCCAUCCAGAAAGAUUCACUCCAGUCCACCCACCUGUUCACUGGAGAGGGUGAUGACAGCUUUUAGGAUGCGUGGUCAUCUCCUUCUGGCUGAGAUCGAGGAAAAAGAUAAGGUCUACUGUCCAUUCAUUACACAACAGGUCGAAAGCAAGGAAAGAACUCAAAAUAAUCAUGAGGAGGAGACAAAAGAGGAAGAGACAGAAAUGGAAAGAUCUUUGUGCAGGAAAGAAUUUAGGCUUCCUUUAAAUCGAACCUGGACAAGCUGGGAAAAGAGACUGCUGCUGAAACCCAAAAGCACUAAACUGGAAAUGUAUGACGGAAACACAGCAGUACCAGAGUCUUAUUUGGUCAAUGACAUAAACGAAAACCCUGUGAAGAAGGUAAGGCGAUCCAACACUGCUGAAAGAAGAAUCCAUGAACUGAAGGUCAGCAUGCGCUUAAAGGAGGAGCUCAUCAAAGAACUUGACACAACUGAAAGAAAAAUCCAAGCAGUGGACAGAGGUGAAACGGGAAACGUGUUGGAGAGACUCUCCAUGCAGAGCCAGCAGGUCCGAGCCGAGGUCUACUGCAGCCUGCAGAGCAUGAGGCUGGAGAGAGCCAGGCUUCAGAGCAGCCUGAGGGAGCUGGACGAGACCAACGACAGGAAACCCCAUCGAAACAGGGGUUUAAAGAGUUCAUCUGUUCCUGAAAACUCUCCCGUGGAAACAAACAGAAUGCUUCAUGACAGUAGUUGGCUUGAAGAAGAAGAGGAACGGGCCAUUCACAAGAGAGAAGAGUUGCAGGAGCUGGGAGAGGAGCUGAAGAGGAAAGUGGAGGUGCUGCAGCAGAGAGAGGCCUGUGUCCAACAGAAAAACAAGCUCCACAUCAAGAUGCUGCAGUCCAGUCAGGCUUUGAGUCGGGACUUGCUGCAAGUGUCUGUUCAGUUGGAGUCUGUGGAAGAGCAGCUUCAGAGUCAGAGCAGCGUGAGAAAGACCAGAGGAGUUACGGUCAGGGAGCUGGAGAAAGAGAGAGACAUGCUGAAGAUGAAAAGAGACGCUCUGGAAGCCCAGCUGAGGGACAACCGAGUGCUCACUGUGGAGGAGGAGCAUUCCCUCCUCCAGCUGGAGGAAGCCGUUGAGGCUCUAGAUGCAGCUCUUGAAUUUAAGAACAACUCCAUCCAGGAGCGGCAGAAGCACCUGUUCGUCGGAAACUCGCCUCUGCUCGAGUCCAAAGACACAGAACCCGCUCAGCACUGUGACAUUACCAGGAAGCUGAAGAAGCUCUCGUUACCUGAGGCCAUAGAGCUGUUGAUCAAAUAUUUCAACAAGGUUGUGUGUCUUCGAGAAGCAGAGCGUCGUCUACAUUUGCAGUGUGAAGAGUUAGAGCUUCAUGCCGGCGAGCAGGAAGCAGCACUUAGGGAGAUGGAGGCAGCCAUGCAGCGUUUCGCUCUGGACGCAGACCGCAGGCUCACCCUGCAACACAGAGACCACCAAAGCAAUGUUCGGCUUCUGCUACAGAAACUUAAAGAGGGGAUGUCAGGAGAGGCACAACAAGCCAUACAAGACAGAGUCCAGCACCUGGAGAAAGAGUUGUUUUUCUACAAAAGCUCCAGUCGGCAGCUGAAGAAGAAGCUCAAAGAACUUCUAAGUGAUGCUCCCUACAACGACAGUCAGUCCUCACACACACAGGAGAGCAGAGAAAGGCCGGGCACUCACUUACCUUUAAGUGUGGAUGAACCCAAAACACGCUGUGAGGAGGAGGGAGAGACGACACACGUUUCCACCACAUACACAAAAAUAUAUGCAGAGGAAAUAGAAUUUAAACCAGUCAAGCCAUCACUCACACAGUCCCAUGGAAGGUAUACAAGAGGUCAGCCUGAGGUUAGUUUAGAAAUGACACCUGUCAAACUGUGUCGCAGGGAGCUGAGGGAGAUUCCUGCAGCUGACCUGCAGCUCCUCGGUGCUGCCACUAGGAGGCACCAAUCUGUGGUUAAUUCAAGCUCUGAGUCAAUGAUGGAGGACUCCAUAGAAGUGCCCAGAAACACGUGAUUCUGCUUUAUUUUAUGUCUGCUAAUUUCUAUGGCAGAUUUUGAGUGGAUUAUAUUAAACGUUCUAUUUUGUAGAUGACUGAUUUUAAAAAAUGCACUAAAUAUGUUGUUCAUUUUUUAGUAAUACUGUACAAUUUUCUAGUCAGAUCAUAAAAAAUUCAAAAUGAUAAAAAUUAAUUAUCUAAAAAAUGUGUUUGGGUUGAUUUUAAUGUGUUUGGGUUGAUUUCAUAGGAAAGUGAAAGUUUUUGUUUUAAAUUAUUAUUUGUUACAAUAAAUUAAAUAUUGUACAGCACUACAUAUUAGAAGGAGGAUUUGUCCCUGUGCGUUAAUUAUAAGCUCUUGUCCAAAGCUGGAUUUAAAUGCUAAAUGUGAAACACGUUUUUGUAAAUGUGUUAAAUUAGGUUAACGAGGCAAAGCUCAGCACUUUUCAGCACUUCUCCUAUUAUUGUCUUGUAUUUAUACAGUUGAAAGUCUCAUAGUUACCACACAUUAUAUGUUUUCCCUUCGUUUCACUAUAUAAUUAGCUCUUCUUUUUAUGCAUUCCUAAUAAAAACUUAUGUAUUUAUGUUGAUCUUUUAUUUUUUUACUAACUUAUUAAAAGCUGUAAGAAUCACAA